CUGACUCGCACUUGACCAGUAUUUUUAUCAAAAAAGCAACAAAAUGUUAAACAUCGAUAUUCUAUGCGCAGACAGGUGAUAGCCAAGUUUCUACGUAAAGUGAAUGUGAAAAGUCCAUACACCUUUCUCAAACCCCGCCAGUAAUCGCCAUGAGGCAUGGCAGUGCAAUAAGGCAGUGCCGCAAAGUGGUUCUUCAUAAAAUGAUUCGACUAUCAAACUGUACCAAUCAAAUACCAAACACAAUGUUUUUAUAGCGUCUAUUUAUCUACAAAUUCAUAAAAUUAGGACAAUUUCCCUGUGAUUAAAAUAAAAAGCUCGUGUGUCAAGGAAUCAAGAUGAUUUCAAAUUAUAUUAAGCUGUUAAGUGUUAUUUUAGUGUUAAUAAAAACUGCACCUGAAACAGAUGCCGAUCUAAUGUCGAUGGUAGACUUUAGAUACUUCAGAUGCGUUAUGAAAAGAGAGUGGAAAUGUCCAGACGGUGAAAUCAAUUUUUAUCUUUUCACGCCGGAACGCCCGUACAACCAGUGGGUCGACGUCCGACACGCCGACAAACUGCCCGCGUACGGAUGGAAGCGGUCCAGGAAGAACGUUCUCAUCAUUCACGGUUUCAAUGGGACGCAUGCCAAAACACCAAUGUCCUACCUUCGUGAUGCUUAUCUAUCCCGUAAGGACUACAACGUUUUUAUGGUGGACUGGUCACCUCUUACAAGAUUUCCUUGCUACCUGUCUGCUCUAUCUAAUACGAAACUAGCAGCGCAGUGUACGGCCCAGCUGUACUCCCGUAUCACUCAGGCCGGUGCUCUGGCUAGAAAGAUCACAUGCGUGGGGCAUUCCCUGGGCGCUCAUGUGUGCGGUAUGAUGUCCAACCAUCUCACCGAGAAGCAGUACAAGAUUAUAGGUUUAGACCCCGCUCGUCCUCUGGUGUCGAUGUACGGCUCUCGUCUGUUUCGCCUGGGAAGAGAUGACGCUUACAUUGUCCAAGUCAUCCAUACGAAUGCUGGCUUUCUUGGAGAGAGUGGCUUGAUAGGACAUGCGGACUUUUGCGUCAACGGUGGAAGACUACAACCAGGCUGUAGGGGGCAUCCGAUGCGUGUAGCCCGCUGCAGCCACUUCAUGAGCUCCUGCUACUUUGCAGCGGCCAUACGCCGACGUAUCAAGAUGGUAGGCGUGCCCUGCGACUCGACGUGUCCCAAGCAAGGCCACUGGGGCCUGCGGUACGAUCGCCAAGUGGUCAGGGUUGAUGAGGACAUUCCUGAGACAUCGCGAGGGAUGUACUGUGUUCGAGUAGAGCGAGAAGAAAAUUGUCCAUUUGACUAACAAAAUCAAAUGAAGCCGAAGUAUUUUAAUAAUAACUAAAUCAAUAAUUUAAUGUGACGUGAAAAUUUUAGUAAAAAUAAGGUACUUAUAUGAAUAAAAUAAAGUACAAAAUAUGGAAGCGAGAAUUUAAACCUUUAUUUUAGUUACCUACAUUUAUAAGUACAAAAUAUACAUUUUUUUAUUUUAUGCCAAGCAAGUUACAAUCGUAACUUUUGUGAUAGACAUACGAAGAAUUUUAUUAUAUAUGUAUAUCGAGUUCACGAGUUGUUAUAAAUUGUAUUAUGAUGAAAAAUAACGUCAGUGAAGUUCUAAUAGCGCGAGUCAAAAAGUCUGCUUUACAGGAGAUAAUAUGUAUAAAAUAUUCGUUAGCAACC